GAGACCGAUAACAUGUCGAACGACAGUAUUCACUGGGAAGCAAGAAUCCUUCCCGCAGGACCACCACGAUUGCUGGGAUGGAAUAUACCAGCUGAAGAAUUAGUUCACAUACCAGAACAUUGGCUGGUCUAUCCGGAGCCAAACCCCUCCCUUCAUUAUUUAUUAGCAUUAUUAUACAUCUUAUUUACUUUCGUUGCACUUUUGGGCAAUGGACUUGUCUUGUGGAUAUUUUGUGCAGCUAAAGCGCUGCGGACGCCGUCAAAUAUGUUUGUAGUAAAUUUGGCUCUCUGUGAUUUCAUGAUGAUGUUAAAGACGCCGAUAUUUAUCUAUAAUUCUUUUAACACUGGAUACGCACUUGGACAUCUUGCUUGUCAGAUAUUUGCAUUCAUUGGAGCUCUCAGUGGGAUUGGUGCUGCUAUCACUAAUGCAGCUAUAGCAUAUGACAGAUAUCGAACAAUUGCAAGACCCUUGGACGGGAAAUUAUCAAGAGGCCAAGCAAUGUUAUUUAUUGCAUUAAUUUGGAUGUACGUAUUACCUUGGGGACUGAUGCCACUGAUGGAAGUGUGGGGAAGAUUUGUACCUGAAGGAUUUUUAACGAGUUGUACAUUUGACUAUUUAACAGAUACAAAUGAAACUCGUAUCUUUGUUGGAUUUAUAUUUACAUUUUCUUACGCAAUACCAAUGUCUCUAAUAAUUUAUCACUACAGUCAGAUAGUCAGUCAUGUAGUAAAUCACGAGAAGGCAUUACGUGAACAAGCAAAAAAGAUGAAUGUAGAAAGUCUUCGUAGCAAUGCUAAUUCAAAUGCCGAAUCUGCUGAAAUUCGUAUCGCUAAAGCUGCCAUAACAAUUUGCUUCCUUUUCGUUGCUUCAUGGACACCUUACGGAGUAAUGUCACUAAUUGGAGCAUUUGGCAACAAAUCAUUAUUGACUCCCGGCGUAACAAUGAUUCCAGCAUGUACAUGCAAAUUUGUUGCUUGUUUGGAUCCUUACGUGUACGCAAUAAGUCAUCCGAGAUACAGAAUGGAGCUACAAAAACGUUUACCGUGGCUCGAAAUAAAAGAAUCAACACCGGAUACAACUAGCACCAACACCGAGGCCGUGAAUGCACCGGCAGCAAGUUAA